CGUGUUCGUGGUUGCUUGGUUUGUUUGGUAUGAGCAGGUGGUGAUGGUCGUGGUGGCGCUUCUCGCUUUGAGGUGCGGUCCCACGGUUGUGGUGUUGGUGAAACCCGUCACAGCCCCUGUCGACACUGGACUGUCUGCGCCGAAAUAUCUCGCCGGUCAGUUUUCGGGUGUCGUUCGAGCGGUGCGAUGGGUGUUUUCAGUUCGGUGUUGUUGGCUUUCGUUGCGUUGCUUUCGCUCGUUUACUUUUAUCUGCGCCAGAAGCAUGCAUUCUGGAGAAAUCGUGGCUUUCCGUGUAAGCCCAAUCCGAAGCUGCUGACCGGACACCUGGAUCCUUCCGUGCACGGAUCGUACGUCAAUCAGGAGCUGUACCACUAUGCGAAGGCACGUGGCGAUCGGUACAUUGGGAUUAGCUUUUUCUUCAUGCCGCUGGUGGUGAUCUACGAUUUGGAGCUCAUCAAAACGAUCCUCGUGAAGGAUUUCAAUGUGUUCCAUGAUCGCGGUAUGUACAGCAACCCGAAGGCGGAUCCACUGUCGGGCACUCUGUUCGCGAUCGAAGGCCAAGAGUGGCGCACGCUGCGCCAGAAGCUCACUCCGACGUUCACGUCGGGCCGUAUGAAGCAAAUGUUCGGUACGAUGUUGCUGGUGGCGGAACGGUUGCGUGAGGUACUGGGUGCGGCGGAUCAGCAGACGUCCUUUUCGGCUGGGCGAGAGAUGAAGGACGUGCUGGCACGAUUCACCACCGACGUGAUCGGAACGUGCGCUUUUGGCAUCGAGUGUAACUCGCUGGCCGAUCCGGACUCGGAGUUUCUACGGUACGGCAACAAGGUGUUCCAGUUCAAGCUGAGCUCGUUGCUAAAGUUCAUCUUUAUCAUGAUGUACAUGGAAACGGCCAAGCGGCUGGGCAUUAAGGGUACGGACGGUGAUGUGGAAGCGUUUUUCAUGAAUCUGGUCCGGGAGACGGUCGAGCAUCGGGAGAAGCACAACAUUCAGCGGAACGAUUUUUUGAAUCUGCUGAUCGAGAUCAAGAACAAGGGUUCGUUACCUGAGCAUGGACACGAUGGUGCGACGGAAGGUGAUGCCAGUGUCGCCGGCACUGAGCAUGGUAUGACGAUGAACGAGCUUUCGGCUCAGGUGUUUAUCUUUUUCCUCGCCGGAUUCGAAACGUCCUCGACCACGAUGAACUUCUGUUUGUACGAGCUGGCCAAAAAUCAGGACAUUCAGGAGCGCUUGCGUGAGGAGAUCAACGGUGCAAUCGAAGCAAACGGAGGUCAACUGACGUACGAUGUGGUGAUGAACAUUCAGUACCUCGAUCAAGUUAUCAAUGAAACGCUUCGCAAAUAUCCACCACUCGAGUCCGUGAAUCGCUGCCCGGUACGGGAUUACACGAUUCCCGGCACGAAUCACGUUAUACCGCGCGGUGUCCUGGUGUCGGUCCCGAUCUACGCCAUCCAUCACGAUCCCGAGUACUACCCCGAUCCGGAGCGCUUCGAUCCGGAUCGAUUCACGGAGGAAGCGGUCAAGAAUCGUGUCCCGUACACGUAUCUUCCGUUCGGUGAGGGUCCUCGGAUUUGCAUCGGAUUGCGCUUCGGGAUGAUGCAGGUGAAGGUGGGGCUCAUUACGAUGCUGCGUGACUUCCGGUUUCAUCCCAGUAGCCAAACGCCGGAUCGAAUCACCUUCGACAAGAACAUACUAAUCCUUUCGCCCUCGAAGGGAAACUAUCUGCAUAUCGAGAAGCUGUAAGGGAUUCACAACCAGCUAAAUGUACUUUGUCGAAAACAUUCGCAAUGAAUUCAUCAAAUCAUCCCUACGCUAGUCAGUCUUGCACUGCUUAUCGUUGUUUCCAAAUAAGGCGCGGCAUUUUAUCACCAUCUGAUAACGAAGAUACGAGUCAUAGGUUACUGCUGCUGUGUCAUCAGCCUCCCUUUUACUAAUCAGCGACGGUUUAUGGUAGCCGCGGCAAUGAAGAUAACAGUUUCACUUCCAUAUAAGGGACGCACAUCACAUAAUACACGUAUCCUAGGUCAGGAAUGUGGCCGUACUUAGAAAGAAGAAUUCCGUUCCAGUGUCCAUCUGUGUAUUUGUGAGUCGCCCUCCCCUACGAGAGGGGGAGGUUGUUUUCGGGGAUUCGAGAUCGCAAAUAAAUGAAUUUCGUGCAAG